AUGGGAAUAGAAUAGGAAAGUCUCAGGAUGAGACUGGUAUGCUAUUGGUUCAAAUCUGCACCAAGGAUUGACUGGAAAAGUCUUAUGACCUUCAGAUGUCUUCAGAGGUAAAGGAGGUGGACAAGGACGUUGCCCAGUUCAGACUGCAAGCUGCUCAGCUUUCAUUGCAGUUAGUCAGCUUAGAGCAGCAGAUGGAGAAUCAAGGCUCUCAUGCAGCGUUAGACAUGAAGAAGGUAGAAGGGGAGAUCUCCAAGCUACAAAGCAAAGUCUCUCGGAUUUCCACAGAGGUCCAAAAAAAUAAAGAUGAGCUGUCUUCUCUAAAGGGUAAAGUUUGGGAUGAAAAACCCUGCCCCUGUGGCUGGAGGCACUUCAGUGGCUAUUGUUACUACUUCUCCAAGGGAUACAGGACCUGGGAGGAAGCGAAACAGUACUGUCUCAACCAGGACUCAGAGCUCACCAUGAUUAAGAGUGAAGCUGAGCUGCAAUUCAUUGAAGGAACUAUCAGGUUAAAUCACUGGGUGGGACUGAAUGAUUUACAGAGGGAAAAUGACUGGAAGUGGCUGGAUGGCAGCUCCGUUACCAAAACAUUUUGGCUUCCUGGAGAACCAAAUGAUCAUGGAAAGGAAGACUGUGGGGAGAUAAAGAAUGGCAGACUCAAUGAUAUGCCCUGUUCCUUCAAACAGCACUGGAUUUGCCAAAGAGCACCAUAACACUGCAAAUUAUUAGGUGAUUCUGUUUGUACUUUUACAGCUGAGUUUAGCACCAUGCAUUCACUUGCAUCAUGAACUUUAGUGAACUCUGCUCUAGUGAACUCUGUAGAAAAUUGCUUGAAGAUCUACAUUAUAUGAUAUCCCAUUUUGUGCUUUAAAUAGUGUAUUGUUUUAUGAUUGACAUUUCUUUUGUUCUGCUAGUAAUGUUAGCAAAAGCUUUUAAAAGUGUGAUUUUUAACAGGAAUUGAAUAAAUACAAGUUCAAGGUUCAUAUCUGAUUGGAAAUUGGUUGUUGACAAAGGCUAUGAGCUAAAAACCCUCAAAGUCUUUUAUGUGAUCACGUCCUUGUUGUUUCUGUCAAUAUACUGCAU